GUCACUCCCAAAUUACAGGAUAAUAUGUUCAUUAGGCGACGUCGAAGUGCGAUCGUAUCGUCGUUCGACAUGGAUUUCGACCGUGGUGAACACCUCAUCUUUCGACGUCGCUACUUAUAUCGGCUUUCACCGGCUAUUCAAAUAUAUACAAGGAGAAAACACAAGGGGAGAAAAGCUAGAAAUGGCCAAGCCAGUUCGGACACAGGUUACAUCAGCAACUACUGGGAGAGGCACGGAGGAGCCCCGGGGAGGAUGGGGUGGUCGAACCCGCUACACUGUCUCAUUCUAUACGCCUCGCAAACGAGCUGUGGAUUUCCCGACGCCACUUGAUCGACGGAUCUUCAUUGAGGAUUUGAGACCGUCUCGGUUCUACGCCUUGUCGUUCGGCGGAUUUCCCAUCAGCAACCGAGUGGACAAACAAGCCCAUCGGUUGGCCCGACUUCUUCCGAACUCUAAUCGGAAUCAAUCGGACUCACUCGGGUCGUCCCUUUUCGUUGAUGUGUACGAUACUCCAAUGAAGUUGACGGAUCGCCACAACGAAAUCCUCAUUCCAUUGAAAUUGGAUGACACUCCUCGACGCUGGUGCUCGGACCCGGGACCUACGACCGAGUGACAAAGUACAUAAUCUUAUCAUUAUGUCCUAUUAGGGGCGGUAGUCAGGGGCGGGGAAAUGGGGUCAGCGCCCACGGUUGCUAUCAUCCAUAAUACUUGUUACGACAGCAACUGCUCCGCCACCCGCUUAUUUUGCCCAAAUAAUGACGACAUCCAUAUUUCUGACAUAAAUUCAUUACUUUUGGUAAAAAAUUCACCGAUAAUUUUUUUAUUUUCACUUUUAUAAUGAAAAUGAGUCUGAUGAAUAACACGUAAUGUUUGAAGAGAUUGGAAUGCUUUAUGUUUCCUAGGUAGGUAAUUUAGAACAUCGAAGAGUUCGACUAAAUAAUGCAUUUAUUUAAUGAAGAGAACGAUUACUUUCAUUCUUCUUUGUCUUUGGCCCCUCUCCUCUAUGUUUCCAUUAGAAACACAACUCUGCGUGGUUGGCGAAAAGUCGGAUAAAGUUCAUUGCAGCAAUUGUCAUAGCAUCAUCGCAUAAUCGAGCAGCUUUUAUUGUAUUAUGUGAAUUAUAUGUAUUAUGCUAUAUGCUAUUUAAAAAACACGCAUCAGGACAGUUCAAAAGAUAUAUGGAGAUUUAUAUCUCCGCACAUUUACUAUUCCUGUGUAUAUUUUGUAUUAAAAGAGUGGCGUGUAAUGUACGAAUAUCAAAAUGUCAUAUUUUAAUAUCAGAAAAAGCACCGGAAUAUAAAGUUUGGGUUCAAAUUGAUAUAAAUAUCAGAGACGUAAGCUUAUAAUUUAGCAGUAAGCGUUUAUCCUUAUAAAUAUGAUUUGUUUUUACCUUUUCACAUUUUUUCCUACCAUCUUUUCUUAGGGGGGCUUGGAAAAAAUAUGAAAAUGUAAUGUCUUAAAUCAUUUUUUUAAUGGAAUGUUGAUCAAUAGUUCAAAUUAAAAAAGUUUGAGAUUAAAGAGUACACCAUAUGCGUUGAUGGAUACUGUACAGGUUCAAAGAAAAAUACAAACCAUUCAUUAAGGAAUAUAGGCUUGGGUCAAGUGAUUACACGAGGUUGAAUAAAUAUAGUUCAAUGCUAUAGUUAAGAUAUGAUGCAGUAAACCGCAACAAAAAUGCCGCCUCAGUGUUUUUACUUGUAAACGAAUGGCAACACGGAUCCUGAGUGUAUUCACAAAGCUCUGUGUAAUAAGAUACAGAAAUAUAUUGCAUUUAUCAUGGACAAAAAAAAGGAAUCCGCCGCGGUUUUCCCGCAUUAUGUCUGAACGAGGCUCAAUAUUUCCUAUAAUCAUUAAUGUUGAAAAUAAUAUCGCUAUUGAUAUUCGUUUGUCUCGCAAU